UCAGAGCGGAGCGCAACGGAGCGGAGGAGAAAUCUGAGCGUGGCGGCGGGGAGGGGGAUGUCGUGGUCGUCGAGUCCUGCGUCCGCUCCCGGAUCUCGUCGAGCUGCAGGAAGGAGCGGGGAUGAGUCGCGCUCGCAGGUGCGCCACCGCGAGAACCCAAUGUGCCGCUGCAACCCUCCGAGGAAGGCGCCAAGAUGGAUCUCAUGGAGCCGGCAGAACCCUGGGAGGAGGUACUAUUGCUGCGUGGAUGCUAUGCAUGGUGGCUGCGGAUUUGUGGAGUGGCAUGAUGAUCCUUUGCCGAAAUUUUUGAGUGAGCUGAUUGGGGAUCUGCGUGAUGAAGUCCGGAGGCUUAAAGGUGCUGCAAAUGUUGCUCGAUCUGGCGAUCAAUUUGCAAUGGUAGCUUCCAGUGAAGAUCAAGCCACAAGGGAGGCCAUGGUUCUAUCUCCGCAAGAGCAACUGAGAGAGAAGAAUGAAGAGAUGACUGGGAUUAGGGCCAAAUGUCAUAAUGUGGUGUUUCUUUUUACUAUAUUUGUGCUUGGUUUCGUUGCAGGCAAGAUGUUAAGUUAGUUCUUGGUUUAGUUGCAUCCAAAUCUAAUUGCAGUGGAGUGUCUGGUUUAGUUGAAUGCGUACUGGACAAGUUACGUUAGUUCUUGCUUAAUGUGUGAUGGAUCAGUUAAGUUGUCUUUGUAUGCAAUGAGAC